AUGGAUCCUGCAUCAAUUCUCCCCAUAGUUCUCGUCGGUCUGACAGGCACCUACGUCCUAGCCGUCGUCGCUAGCCUAGUGGCAGGCUCAAACGAGCUCGCCCGUGCUACCAAGAGAUGGACCUACUCAAGAUUCAUUGUUUGCGCUCCCCUUACGGUCGCCGCCUUGUUUGCCGCCAGCCUGAUUGGUGGAGCAACGCAAGCUCACCUGACAUACACCCAACGCCUGGUAGGCGUAAAGAUUCAAAGUACAUUGACUGCAUAUCUUUGUGAUGAGGGGCUCUCAGCUGCUUACGGCCACAAUGCCGACGCUCCAGACCCUGCAGUUCUAAUAGAUAUCGACCUACCAAAGCUGUAUGACUUUGUCGAGAACAUCCACUUGACCUGGAUGGUGCCUCUUCAGGGAUGUAUCAGUCUUGGAGCACUUGUCUAUAUCCUCGGUUGGAAGAGCCUCCUCCUUGGCUCCUUGUCCCUGGUUGUGCUACUGCCGUUGUUGCUUCUUGUAAUGGGUCGGAUAUCUGUUCGUCUGACUCGGGUCAUGAAUGCUAAAGAUGCCCGUGUCGCUCUUGUGACGCAGGUUAUCAAACAAGUCAGACAGAUCAAGUUGGCAGCUUUGCAGUCAUCCUUCCGAGGCAGAAUUGCAGAAACUCGUGAAGAAGAACUGAAGCGCACGCAGCAUGUCGCUAUCUCGAAUGCUGCCAUGGUUGGCAUCGUAUAUCUCUUGCCAGCGGCUUUGAUCUUUGUCUGCUUUGAGUCCUACUACGUUGCCAAUGGACGAUUAACUAGUGACAUCGUCUUCCCGGCAUUGGCGUUUUUCAGCAAUAUCAACAGAGCAACAGCAAUGCUGCCGCGCUUGAUAAUGACAUACCAAGCUGCAGCAAUCUCGUUCAAGCGGCUCCGGACUGUUCUGUCUUUUUCUGUGUCAAAUAAGCUUGAACCUGUCACCCGUGCUUCAGAAGUAUUUUCUCAUCCCCGGGUGGCGUUGCUCCAGUGCAGCCUCGGAGCUCCUAACGGUUCUCUAUUCUCGCAGCCAAUUCUUGAGAAUUGCAACAUCGAUCUCGAAUCGGGAACAUUGGCAGUUAUCUCUGGCUCGAUAGGCUCGGGCAAGACGACACUUCUGCUAUCUUUGGUAGGAUAUGCUGCACCAUUAUCUGGUAAUGUGCACGUCCAAGGACGGGUUGCGUAUGCGUCGCAGAAACCUUUCCUUAUAAACGGAACUAUUCGGGAAAAUAUCCUGUUUGGGCUUCCCUUUGAUGGCCCCUUCUAUCAGAAAGUUCUUGACGCUGUUGCCCUCGGACCAGAUAUUCGUCGGCUUCCCAACGGUGAUUCCACCGUCCUGGGCGGUAGUGCUGUUACCAUCUCUGGAGGCCAGAUGAGUAGAGUGGCUGUUGCAAGAGCUAUCUACUCGAGACGGGAGGUUGUCGUGCUCGAUGAUCCCCUGGCAGCUAUUGACGGCCAGGUUCGACAGCAUAUCAUUGACCAAGUUCUCGGGCCAAAAGGCAUUCUGAAAGAUUCAAUUCGAGUGGUGACGACGUCAACAGACGCACUAAUAACUGCUGCUGACGUUUUGUUCAUCAUCUCUCAAGGCACUAUCACUGAGAAACGGCGAUCACUUGCUGAUGAGCAACAAACGGACAUCGCUGAGUCCAUCUUAGUCCUUGCUACAUCCCCUGUGGGUGAAGUUCAAGCUCUACAACAGCUACCUUCCACGGGAAUUGAAGGCUAUGGAUCUUUGAAGAUCGGAACUAUAAGUCAAGUAACAUCUACCGACUUAGACAGUGGCUCCGAGAACACCCCCUUGCUCAAAAAGGCCCAGGGUGAAGCAGCCGGUGACAGUCUCUCUAGAAAAAGCGUCAGCUUCAGCACAUAUCUGAGAUUCCUUCGUUUGUGUACGCUUGGAGGAUGGCUUGUUGUCCUCCUGGUAGCUGCGUCUUCCAAGCUACUUGAUGUCGUCGGCAUUUACUUCCUGAAACUUGCUUUAGAAGAAUCCGAAGACGUUGGCCAUACAAACAAGCUUAUAUACUACGGUUUAUGUGGUGUUUCAGGCGCUCUUCUCUCUGCUGUCUUUGUUGUAGUAGGAUACUUCCUGUGUCUCAUCCCUUCGUCGCGAAGAAUUCACGAUGAUCUUACCGGCGGAAUCUUGGAAAGCAAAUUCACCUUCUUUGACCAUAUACCAUUUGGACAAAUCCUUAGCCGGUUUACUAACGAUAUUAACAAAAUUGACAGUCAGGUUGGCACUGGCCUCAUUAGUAUUGUCGCAUUUGGCGUAACGGCUUCGUCAUCUAUCUUGGUUAUUCUUUCAACUUCUUUCCUCAGUAUUCUGUACCUGCUCCCUGUCGGUAUAGUCUACUUUAUGAUUCAAUCGCACUACCUACACGCAUGCAGACAGCUCCGAAGGAUUGAGAAUGACGCUCGUGGCCCAAUCCUUAACGUUGCUAGCGAAAUUCAAACCGGUGCGGCUGUCAUUCUUUCCUACAGCUGCUCUAAUGUCUUCAAAGAGCGUGCCAGGACAUCGAUUGACAAUCAUACUCGAGCUAUUAUCCAACUCUUUUCCGCCUGUCUGCUUCUGAUCAUUGGCGCUCCUCCCAGCACACUUGGACUUGUAAUGAACUUUGUUAUUCAGAUCACAGUCCAGUUCAAUACAUUUGUCCAGACCAGGUCCAACCUCGAGGCAGACAUCACCUCGGUGGAACGGGUAUGGGCUUAUGCCGACCAAGUUCCCGAAGAGCCCAACACAGGCGAGAUACAGCCAGUUUCGUCUUGGCCACUGAGCCCGUCUGUUACUUUCGACUCAUUCACCGCAUGCUACACGCCCGGAGGACCUGCGUGCCUGACCGAUAUCAACCUCACUAUUGAACCUGGACAGCAUAUUGCUGUCGUUGGUCGCACAGGAGCAGGCAAGUCAUCUUUCACCAUGGCUCUUCUCCGAGCUCUGGAUCAGCGUGCUAUACAGUACGGACAAAUUCGCAUCGACGGCUGGGACAUAUCGCAAGUGAAUUUGACAACGCUGCGCAGAUCAAUCGCACUAGUACCUCAAGAACCCGCAGCGUUCACUGGCACCUUACGCUACAACCUUGAUCCAGAAGGAAGACUGAGCGACACGGAGCUCCUCCACGUGGCAGAUGUUUGUCACAUACGACGACUCUUCAACAUGGACGAUGCCAUCGAUAUCUUGGACCACCCUAUUUUUAGUGGAAGUGGAUCAUUAUCUCAAGGUCAGAUUCAAAUUAUCGCUUUAGCGCGUGCCAUUCUAGCUCGGACCAAGAUUGUAGUUCUAGACGAAGCUGCCGCGGCUAUGGACCCCAAGACUAGGAAUGUGGUGCACGACUUGAUCAAGCAUCAAUUCAAAGGCUGCACCGUGAUAGCCAUCACCCACCAUCUCGACUCAGUAAUGGAGUAUGAUAAGAUCCUAGUUCUGGACAAUGGCCGCAUUGCCGAUUACGACAAGCCAUCCAUCUUACUCCAUAACAAGGACUCAAUCUUUACCCAACUCAUGCAGCAGCCUGAACUACGGCGCCAGUAG